ACCGUUAGAAGAAGAAGAAGAAUGAGAAGUCGGUGCGCGGCAGCGGGAAACGCAAAUAAGAGAUCUGUCUUCACAUGAGUGAAAUUAUUUACUUUUUUAUUCUACGGACUGUAAAAUCUGCCCAACAUGGUUCAAGAAUUUCAUGUACUGAGAUGUUUUUCCUGUCAAACAUUUCAAGUGCAACAGGUGAAAAAGAGUAAGAAAUGGACAUGUAAAGUGUGUGGCGAGAAGCAGUCACUGAUUAAGGAGUUUGGUCGAGGCACCGCAGCUGACUGCAGACGACACGUUCAGAAGCUGAAUGCUCUGCGUGGACAGAUGCUGGAGGUGAACAGUGAACAGCUGUUGUCACAGGGGGAACCAGAUGAAAACUAUGGGAGCGAAGAUGUUAAUGAAAGUCUGGUCCAGAAUCAUAAAUCAGAGCAGGAAGUGGCUCAUGUCAGCCGCUGGAGUAAAUACACUGAUCAAACCGCUGAGGGCCCAGAUAGACAAGAAGAUGAGGAAGAAGACGAGAAUGUUUAUACAGAAAGAUACAGAUUCAAAAGCCAAGGAACCAGGAAAAGAAAGAAAAUCUCCACUUUUAAGUCUUUUGGUGGCCCUUAUGAUAACUGUGAGGAUGAGGAGUCAUUGACUGGUUGUCCUGAGUUCAAAAGACAGCCGUAUCUGCCACUGCAGCAUGACAGGUUCAAUUCAUCAUGGAAUAAAGGAUUUGCUUCCAAAUAUUCCUCCUGUGGAAGGCCAGGUGAUGUGGAGCCAUGCACUCGCAUAAAUCUUCCAUCAUCCUAUCAGGCUGUUUGUUACCCUACAGCCUGCUCCAAUUCCACAUACACAGUGGAAAACUCGAGUGCAAAUAGUCAGCAGUUUAACUCUUCAUAUAAGCCACCAACACUUACCAAAGGUCUUACCAUGCACACCAAAAGUCCUUCUGUUUCUUCUCGGAAGUCUGGCGAAUCUAAGAUUGAGAAUAAGGACUCCAAAUGGGAUAAAUUCCUCACCGUUGUCCCUAAUCAACAGGAUGAGGAAGAGUAUGACUAUGACGCUCAUGAUUCCUCUAAUUACAGUGAUAACACAGCAGUGCCUUAUUUCACAGAAGCACUUAUGAACAUUGGUGUGGAUUCUGAAAAGUGCAGAUAUCCACCCAAUGAAAAGACAGACAGUGGUGCUGUAAAGAGGCAGAAGUCUGUUGGUGGUUGUGUGGAUAGAAAUGUUUCCAGUCCAACCAACAAUCACAGCUCAAAGACAAAUGGUUUUGAAAACGCGGUCUGUAAACAGCCUUCACUGUCCAAGGCGGCAUGUUCAAGCCUGUCCAUAAACUCUCUAUUCUUUACUGAUGAAGACUUUGAUGAUACAUUUUGA